AUGUAAGGACAUCGAUCUUCAGUUACCAAUAUAGCAUUUCACCCUACAUAUAGUAUAAUAGCCUCUUCUUCAGAAGACGGUUCUAUUAGGAUAUGCGAUUUUGAAAGUGGUUAAUUCGAAAGGGCUUUAAAAGGACAUAUGGGGACUGUAAAUUCCGUUUCUAUUGAUUCUUCUGGUAAGUAUUUAGCCUCAUGUUCAUCAGAUUUGACUAUAAGGGUUUGGGAUCUUAAUUAGUAUUAAUGCAUUAGGACUCUAUAUGGACAUGAACAUAAUGUUUCUGAUGUAAAAUUCUUACCUAAUAGUGAUUUCCUGUUGAGUGCUUCUAGAGAUAAGACUAUUAAAAUGUGGGAAAUAUCAUCUGGGUACUGCAAAAAGACAUUUGAGGGUCAUGAAGAGUGGGUAAAAUGCUUAAAAAUAAACGAUUAGGGGAAUUAAUUUGUUUCCGGAGGAUCAGAUUAGUGCGUUAUGGUAUGGAAUAUGGAAAAUAAUAAUCCUAUAUUAAUUUUAAGAGGGCAUGAGCAUGUCGUAGAAUGCGUAAAUUAUGUUUUUUUGCAAUUUUAGUGUAUAAUUUCUGGUUCAAGAGAUAAAAGUAUUAAAAUAUGGAAUGGAAAUAAUGGAUAAUUAAUAAAAAAUUUAUUAGGACAUGAUAAUUGGGUUAGAAAUAUUAGUGUACAUAGUAAUAAUAAAUAUAUUUAUUCGUGUUCAGAUGAUAAAACUAUUAGAGUUUGGGAUUUAGAAUAGUUUAGGUAAAUUAGAAAAAUUAAUGAAGCUCAUUCACAUUUUGUUAGUAGUGUGAUUUUUAAUCCACUUUAUUUUGUUUUGGCUAGUGCAUCAGUAGAUUUAAGUGUUAAAAUUUGGGAACUUAAAGAUUUUUGA